CUUGCAUACAGUAUAGCGAGAAUCUAAAAUAUGGCCGAGAAGCGAUCAGAAACACUUGGGCCUAAGCAAUGGCAUCCACGCAAACUAGCAAUACUAACACCAUUCCGUAAAACCCUCCUCUUGUUAUCUCUGGUUGGUGUAAUGAUUGUUGGACACAAUCUAUUACGUGAUGUUUCUUUCGACAGCCUGCCGUCAAUCCUCGACAUUUUGCCCUUCCACGAGAAUGGGGAAAAAUAUCAGUGCACACAAUUCCCUGCACUCUAUCCAGCACAUAAAACGAACGAGCUCGCGAAAAUGGAUGAUUACCUGAGAUCGGAGGAGUUCCGCAAUAGCUCAAUUGCCAGGCUUUCAGGAGCUGUACAGAUUCCUUCUAUAUCAUACGAUGAUCUUGGUGCUGUUGGAGAAGACAAGCGCUGGGACGUUUUCUACGAUCUUUCAGCAUACUUGAUGAAGUCAUACCCUUUGGUGCACCAGACGAUGCAUCUAGACAGGGUCAAUACGCAUGGUUUGGCCUAUACAUGGCUCGGCAGCGAUACGUCCCUAAAGCCUCUGCUACUCAUGGCACAUCAAGACGUUGUACCAGUACCCGAAGAUACGAUCAAAUCAUGGACUCAUGCCCCCUUCUCCGGUUAUUUUGACGGAAAACUCAUAUGGGGUCGAGGCUCUGCCGACUGCAAGAAUUCUUUGACGGGUAUUCUUGAGUCUCUAGAGCAGCUCAUAGCUGCCAAAUUCAGUCCCAGGAGAACUAUUGUCUUGUCAUUCGGAUUUGAUGAAGAAAGCUCCGGCAAAAAAGGUGCUGGCGAGUUGUCCCAGUUCUUGCAACAAAAGUUUGGCAAAAACAGCUUUGCCGCUAUUGUCGAUGAAGGAGCAGGAUUCUACAAUAUGUGGGGUAGAACCUUCGCGCUACCCGGCGUUGCUGAGAAGGGCUAUUUGGAUGUCUCCAUCGUUGUCCGCAUGCCUGGCGGUCACUCAUCUAUCCCUCCAGACCAUAAUAGCAUCGGUGUUACGAGUGAGCUCGUCACAUUGAUUGAAAAUAACCUAUAUGAACCUCGACUUCAUGACGAGAACCCAUAUCUAAGCCUCCUGCACUGUGGGGCAGCUCAUGGGAACGAAUUUCCGUCCAAGCUGAAGAAGUUACUUUCGCGGCGGUCGAAGAAGGCAAGCUGUAACACAAAGGACAAACUUGCUCUUGAAGCUUCAAAAGGGUCAUUGGACAUCAAGUACCUCAUGACCACCUCAGUUGCGGUGGACGUGAUAAGAGGAGGGGUCAAAGUCAAUGCACUUCCCGAAAGAACGGAGGUAACAGUCAAUCACCGGAUUAACGUUGGAGAACGCACAACCGUAGUUAAAGACAAACUUGUAUCCUUGGCGAAUAAGGUCGCAGCAAAGUACAACCUAAGCGUCAAUGCCUUCAACGAUGCAGAUGAACAGCCUUCGUCCAUAACCAUCCGGGCGGGGAACCAGUUGGAGCCGGCACCGGUUACUCCAACUAGUUCAGAUCCCAUGACACCGUAUGCCAUUCUCGCAAGCACAACACGUGCUUUAUAUGGAGAGGAAAUGAUCGUAUCGCCAUGUCUCAUGACUGGAAAUACCGAUACUCGGUUCUACUGGGACUUAUCACCUCACAUCUUCCGUUACAUGCCAGGCUACGAUCCAGAGUUUGAGGGACUUGGUCGUAUUCACACCGUGGAUGAAGCUAUUUCGGCGAGAUCCCAUCUAGCAUUAAUUCAGUGGUAUUCCUUAUUCAUCAGGAACAUGGAUGAAGCGGAUCUUGCUUGA